AUGAUGGCAGGUACGACAGGGGCCUUGUCGCCCGAAGGUUUAGGUUCAGCCUCAACGGCCAACAGCAUCAAAGACGACAUUAUAGAACCAACAAAUCCCACGCCGGACAUCAAUAAAGAGAUCAAUGACCUUGCACGACAGCUUUCGCGAGUAUCGACAACGGCAGGUGCUGAAUUGAACGCUUUCUCCCCGCAAGCCGGUACAAAACUCGACCCCAACUCCACCAAUUUCGAUCCACGUUCAUGGGUAAAGGCAUUUGUCAAACUCGUUGAAUCGGAGGAUGGUUCAGCACCAUCGCGAAGUCUUGGUGUCGCCUUCAAGAACCUCAAUGUCUACGGCUGGGGUACGGGAGCCGAGCACCAAAAAACUGUGGUGGAUUAUCCUCUGGAUGCCGUGUCAUACGUGUUGGGUCUUCUCGGACGGCGAAAGAAGAGAAGAGUGGACAUUCUACGCAACUUUGAGGGCGUCGUAGAACAGGGAGAGCUUCUUCUUGUGCUCGGUCCCCCUGGAUCAGGAUGUUCAACACUUCUCAAGACGAUCGCGGGCGAGACAGCCGGUCUCGAAGUUGGAUCUGACUCUUACAUGAACUUCAGAGGUAUCGACGAGAACCACAUGCGUUCCUCUUUUAGAGGAGAUGUGCUAUACAAUGCCGAGAUCGACUGUCAUCUCGCCCAUCUCACUGUUGGUGAGACCCUCUCAUUUGCCUCGAGCGCCCAUUCCCUUCGUCAUGUCCCCGGAGGUGUCACCCGGUCCCAAGCAGACACAAUGAUGCGCGACGUUAUGAUGUCCAUCUUUGGCAUUUCCCAUACCGUCGAAACUCGCGUUGGCGACGAUUUUGUCCGCGGCGUUAGUGGCGGCGAGCGCAAGCGUGUUAGUAUUGCCGAGGCGGCCCUAACCGGCGCAAAGCUGCAAUGCUGGGACAACACAACUCGGGGCCUGGACAGUGGGAAUGCGAUCAAUUUUUGCCGGAACUUGCGUCUUCAGGCUGAUCUUGUCGGGGUUGCGGCCGCGGUGGCCAUUUACCAGGCGCCGCAGUCAGCUUACGAGUUAUUCGAUCGUGUGACGGUCUUGUACGAGGGUCAUCAAAUUUUCUUUGGUCGGAUACAUGAAGCAAAGGCCUACUUUGAGAGCCUGGGUUUCGAGUGUCCCGAUCGUCAAACAACGCCCGACUUUCUUACAUCAAUGACCAGCCCACAAGAACGUCGCGUAAAACCAGCAUUCGAACGCACCGCCCCUCGAACACCCGCCGACUUUGCCGAGCGAUGGCUAGCCAGCUCUUACCGCAAGCAACUCAUUCGCGAAUUGGAGACCUAUGAACAAACCCACCCUCCUCAGGAACGUCUUGCUGAGUACAAGGAGUCACGUCGAGCAGAGCAAUUUAAGAAUCAGCGCAGCAAGUCUCCGUACACAAUAUCUUAUGUCGCGCAGGUGAAGCUUACGCUCUGGCGAGGAUGGCGUCGAUUGCUGGCAGACCCCGGAUUUACCAUCGCGUCGCUAGUCUUCAAUUUGGUUAUGGCACUAGUAUUGGGCAGCAUGUUCUUUAAUCUUCCGGAUGACUCGUCAAGCUUUUACUAUAGAGGUGGUUUAAUCUUCUUCGCAUUGCUGUUCAAUGCCUUUGCUAGUCAACUCGAGGUUCUUACUGUCUAUGCCGAGCGACCUGUUGUCGAAAAGCACAACCGCUAUGCGUUCUACCAUCAAUCUGCCCAGGCUAUUGCAAGCUACAUCAUCGACCUGCCCUACAAGACUGUCAACAUGAUAGUCUUCAAUCUGCUCAUCUACUUCAUGUCUAAUCUCCGUCGCGAGGCUGGCAGUUUCUUCUUCUUCUGCCUUACCUCCUACCUUACCACUCUGGUCAUGUCAUGCAUCUACCGCACUCUGGCAUGCGUGACUCGUACGACCCACCAAGCCAUGAUCCCUGUCUCAAUUUUGAGUCUUGGGCUGAUGAUCUACACUGGCUUUACUAUGCCUACGGAUUAUAUGCUCGGGUGGUCUCGAUGGAUGAACUACAUCAAUCCUCUUGCUUAUGCGUUCGAAGCCUUAAUGGCAAAUGAAUUCCAUAACAGGCAGUACGGUUGCGCGACUAUGGUUCCUCAGGGCCCCGGCUAUGAAGAUCUUCCUUCCAACUCGACUAUUUGUUCCGUUGUUGGUGCGAUACCUGGAUCGUCUAUGGUUGAUGGUGAUAGGAAUAUCGGCAUUCUUCUCGGCUUUUUGGGUGCAUUCUUGGUUUUUUACAUCUUCGCUGCCGAACACGCAAAGCCUCCCAGAAGCAAGGGCGAGGUACUUGUUUUCCGCAAGGGUCGCAUGCCUCCCAGCUUCGACAAGAAAGACGGUACCGAUGCCGAAGCGCAAGCUACUGGCCGGCCUGUUGUUGCCGAGAAAGGGACUACCAACGGCAACAGUGGUCUCGCUGCUGGUGCGUCUGUAUUUCACUGGGAAGAUCUGUGCUAUGACAUCCAGAUAAAAGGUAAAGAUCGACGUCUACUCGAUCAUGUUGACGGUUGGGUCAAGCCUGGUCUUUCCACAGCCCUUAUGGGUGUAUCUGGUGCUGGCAAAACAACCCUCCUCGAUGUCCUUGCCACACGCGUUACAAUGGGUAUAGUCAGCGGCAACACCCACAUUGACGGGAAGUCCACCGACGCAUCGUUCCAGCACCGUGUCGGCUACGUCCAACAGCAAGACCUCCACCUCAACACCAUGACUGUUCGGGAGGCCCUUGAAUUCAGCGUUCUCCUACGCCAAUCCGCCGAGAUAUCCCGACAGGACAAGCUCGACUAUGUGGAACAAGUAAUCGAGAUGCUAGAUAUGCAGGAAUUCUCGGAUGCAGUUAUUGGAGUUCCUGGAGAAGGUCUCAACGUUGAGCAGAGGAAGAGGCUGACGAUUGGUGUCGAACUUGCCGCUAAGCCGCAGUUGCUUGUCUUUUUGGACGAACCUACUUCCGGUCUUGAUUCGCAGACUUCUUGGGCGAUUUGUGACCUCAUCGAGAAGCUUACAGCAAGUGGCCAGGCUGUUUUAUGUACCAUUCACCAGCCUUCCGCCAUACUCUUCCAGCGUUUUGAUCGUCUGCUCCUCCUAGCUCCUGGUGGAAAGACAGUUUACUUCGGCGACCUCGGACACCAAUCGCAAACCCUCCUCGAAUACUUCGAGCGUAACGGUGCUCCCCCAUGUCCUCCAGAUGCAAACCCCGCCGAGUACAUGCUCAACAUCAUCCAGCCUUCCAACGACGAAGAAGUCGACAACAUUGACUGGCAUCAAGUUUGGAGGGGCUCUCCUGAGUUCCAAAGUGUCAAGCAGGAGCUUCAACGGCUGAAUGCUCUGCCAUCUACGCAGCGAACGGGUAGUAGUGCAUUUGACAACGCGGAUGCAUCACAGCAUCGGGAAUUUGUUGCCUCUUUCUGGACGCAGUUCCGCGAAGUACUGAUUCGCACUUGGAAGAAUUUCUGGCGGUCGCCUACGUAUAUCUGGUCCAAGACUGUCUUGAUCAUCCUAUCGUCUCUUUACAUCGGAUUUACAUUCGAGGCGAAGAAUACGAUUCAAGGGUUGCAGAACCAGCUUUAUGCUAUUUUUAUGUACAUGGUUCUUUUCCAAAGCAUCACGAAUCAGAUAAUGCCCAUAUUUGUCCCACAGCGAGCCUUGUACGAGGUCCGCGAGAGACCAUCAAAAAUUUAUCGCUGGAACACAUACAUCCUCUCCAAUAUACUUGUCGAAGCGGCAUGGAACACCUUGAUGGCUGUCAUCAUCUACUUUUGCUGGUACUAUCCCGUCGGCUUCGUCCAGAACACUACUUCGGAGGAUCAGCACAUUCGAGGCUUUCUCGUUUUCCUCUUCCUAUUGAUGUUUAUGCUCUUCACGAGCACAUUCUCACACUUUGGUAUUGUAUGCAUUGGUUCAGCUGAAGAAGCAGGUGUUCUUGCUACUUUACUUUGGAUGCUUUGCAUUGCGUUUUGCGGUGUCGGCGUCAUAUACAGCGACAUCCCUACGUUUUGGACCUUUAUGUAUCACGUCUCGCCAGCAACAUACAUUGUUGGAGGCAUCAUGUCGGUGGCAGUCUACGGUUCAGAUGUGGUCUGUGCAGAUAACGAGGUCCUACAGAUGCAGGUGCCUGGUGGCAUGAACCUCACGUGCGGUGACUUCAUGGGUCCGUUUGUUGAGGCCGCGGGUGGCUAUCUUGUUGACCGCUCCUCCACCGACGUCUGCCAAUAUUGUUCUCUUGCUUCAACUGAGGAGUUUCUGGCCAGGUUUAACAUUGACUACGAUGAUCGAUGGUGGCACUUUGGAUUGCUGUGGGUGGUGCCAAGGGGCAGUGGUGUUAAGAGAGCCUGA